AUGGCGGCCGACGAAAAGCAUCUUUCUGCCAUUGAAAGAUUGCAUCGAAGGGAGAAAGGGGCCACCGAUAGAUUUGUCGUUGCUAGUCAGGGGCCUGGUUUUAACGCCUUUCUGCUGCAAACGAUCAUCACCUACUACUACAACGAGCUCGGCGGCUCCCAGGGACUCUGGAUUAUCCGCGACACGGAGAGCGCUCUUGGACUGGUCACCUGGCUGUUUGGGUGUAUUAGUGUUGCUGGAGGUCCGGAGCUGCGGUUCGGCGGGUCUGAGCUGGUAUCUGCAAGCGUGCUGCUUGCGGCUACCGCAUCGACUAUGGCGAUCCAGGAUUUCCGAGAUAUGGAGAGAGAUCGGGCAUCUGGGCGGCGUACGCUUCCAAUUUCUUUGGGCGAGAAAAAGGCACGGAGAGUUGUUGCCAGCUUGAUCGCGACAUGGAGUCUUGGUGGGUCUUUCGUAUUUGCGAGGUCCUUGUUGUCGAUGGUGACGCUGGGUGCAACGGAAUUGGCUCUGGCCACCUGA